AUGAACUCUAAUAAAAGUGUUGUCGCAUGUGCCAGGCUUGCUACCCACCUACGGCCUUCGAAAUCGGCUGCUUUGCGGCAUCCUCAUCCUUGGACCAGACAAACAUCUCUAGCUCUCCCUCACACACGCAUACGCCAAUUCUCUCAAGCAACAAACCCGCAACAUGCCGCAAGAUCAUUCUCUUCUCAGCAACCUCGAAAAAAUGCAUCGGCCGGUUUGGCAGAAGCUUCGAAUCCUGCAAUGGCAUUUCCUUGCCUAGAUGCCCUUGAGUCGAAAUCCGCUACUCUCGAAGCCCGAUCGUUAUCCAGUGGCCCUGAACCUUCAUACACAAGUGGCGUCACGGAGAUUUACCAUUGUAACGACUCGUUGCUGCUGGAUUGGGGAGGAGUGCUUCCGGAAUUCGACAUUGCAUAUGAAACUUGGGGAGAGAUGAACGCAGACAAAUCAAAUGUCAUUCUGUUACAUACUGGACUUUCUGCCUCUUCGCAUGCUCACUCAACGGAAAGUAAUCCCAAGCCGGGUUGGUGGGAAAAGUUCAUUGGGCCAGGAGGGUGUUUAGAUACGAUGAAGUAUCAUAUAAUAUGUACAAAUGUGAUCGGGGGAUGCUAUGGAUCAACAGGACCAAGGAGUAUCGACCCGGCAGAUGGGCAGAGAUACGCAACAAGAUUUCCAAUUCUAACGAUGGAAGAUAUGGUGCGGGCACAGUUUAGGCUUCUGGAUGGCCUUGGAGUUGAGAAGUUAUAUGCAAGUGUUGGUUCGAGUAUGGGAGGAAUGCAAUCAUUGGCAGCAGGUGUACUUUUCCCAGAAAGAGUCGGUCGAAUUGCUACCAUUUCCGGAUGUGCGAGAAGCCAUCCAUACAGUAUUGCAAUGCGACAUACACAAAGACAAGUUUUGAUGAUGGAUCCAAAGUGGAAUCGAGGAUUCUAUUAUGACAGUGUUCCACCACACGCUGGCAUGAAACUCGCUCGAGAAAUUGCAACCGUUACAUAUCGAUCGGGUCCAGAAUGGGAGCAAAGAUUUGGAAGAAGGCGUGCAGAUCCAAGUAAGCAGCCUGCUCUUUGCCCCGAUUUUCUGAUUGAAACAUAUUUGGAUCAUGCGGGAGAGAAGUUCUGCUUGGAGUAUGAUGCAAAUAGUUUACUGUACGUCAGUAAAGCGAUGGAUCUUUUUGAUCUCGGCGCGGAAGCUCAGUCUGCGGCUGCUACUCGUCGUGCAGGAUAUGCAACUCGAAGUUCAGAGCAAGAUCAACAAGACGCAUCUUGCAGUCUCACCUUCCCAGAUUCUCCCUACCAAGAACAACCAGAAUCCGAAGUGCCAAAGGACUUCAGCUCUCCUGUAUCAGCUUCCGCUGGUCCUCCAACAGAUUUGGUUCUCGGCCUGAAAGGUUUGAGAGACCAUCCCGCAUUGGUAAUAGGUGUUGGGAGUGAUAUUCUCUUCCCAGCCUGGCAGCAACGAGAGAUUGCCGAGACUCUGAAAAGAGGGGGAAAUCAAAAGGUUACUCAUGUCGAGUUGGGCGAAGAUGCCAGUUUGUUUGGACACGACAGUUUUCUGCUGGACUUGGAGCACAUUGGGGGGAGCCUGAAACGUUUCCUGGGCUAA